AUGCCGGAAGAAUUUUCGGAUGCGCAGUUAACCCGUGAAAAACAUGAAUUUUUCCGGAAUCACUUAUCGUUAAUACCGGUUCACAGUAACCAUGCGCCAUUAUCAUUAUCAGCAACAACAUCGUCAUCAGUUGCCCUGCCUUCUGAUUUUUUUAUCACUCCUUUUCUGCAGCAACAGCGCUAUCCAGAAAGUGAGCCUGGGAAUCCAGCUGAACACACUGCUGCUUUUUGCUUCAAAUUCCCUGCCACUGUUGCCCCUGAUUCUCCUGAUUCUUCUGAUUCUCGUCGCAGCCAAAUUCAGUUACAAAAGCACAGCGUUUUUGAUGACAAAAUAGAUCUGCUUUACAAAUCACCAUUUGUGACACCAGCAGAUCCGAAAGUUGCCGGAGCAGCAGUAAUGGCAGACCAAGCCGGAAAAAUGGAGGUUCGUCCGACUUUCUUAGCAACAGCUGGAAGGGCUGUUAGAAAAUUUCACUCUGCAGUUCCAUUGACCUAUAUUGGUUUCAUCAGAAGAUGGUCAAAGUACAGCAAAUUAUUUCACAGUGGGUGA